CUCGGGAAAACAGGAAGAUGUGACUUAACUAGCUAACGUGAACUGACUGUAGUAUAAAGAUUAGCAAUCUCAAGACUGGGCACAAGUAACGACUAACAGGAGUAUGUUCAGGUAUGCAGCUGUGGCCCUCUACUGAGUAGCCCUCCUGCAGCAGAGAAUCUUCCCCUUCCUCAUGACGACGCCCCCCAUUGCUGGUGCCUGCAUGACGUCCGCAACGUUCCCUGGGCAACAAGCGCAGGCGGCGCGGGAGGUGAACACGGCAUCGCUGUGUCGCAUCGGACAGGAGACUGUACAAGACAUUGUAUUCAGGACCAUGGAGAUCUUUCAGCUGCUUAGGAACAUGCAGCUGCCCAACGGCGUGACGUACCACCCCAACACGCACCAGGACAGGUUGGGGAAGCUGCAGGAGCACCUGAGGCAGCUGUCCGUGCUCUUCCGCAAGCUCCGCCUUGUCUACGACAAGUGCAACGAGAACUGUGCCGGCCUGGAGCCUGUGCCCAUGGAGCAACUCAUACCGUACGUGGAGGAGGAUAGCUCCAAGCACGAUGAGCGCUCAGCCAAUCAGAUCCGCUAUGUCAGCGAGGAGAGGAGGGAGGUCCUGGAGGUCAAUAAGAAGCUGAAACAGAAGAACCAACAGCUGAAGCAAAUAAUGGAUCAGCUUCGAAACCUCAUCUGGGAAAUAAACUCCAUGCUUGCUGUCAGAAAUUGACACACACAUACGCAGACACACAUGCACGCACAUACCUGGAAGAGCCCAUCUGCUACCUGGAACAUGGAGAGGACUGUGGGAAUCUGCAACAGAGCAUUAGAGGAGCGUCCUUAUGCAAUAUGCAUGGCAGCGCCACUUUUCGAGAGGACAGAGGGAGAGUGCUCUGCCAGUGGGGGAGGGUGCGCUGUGCUGAGGGGGCAGCUUAUGUUUGCGGUGAAGACACUUAUUUCCAGGUUAGGGGAAUUUGCAGUAGUGAAUUUUGGUGUAAUUCUCCUCAAAUCUAAAGCACUCAUUAUAUGUGGAAGAGUUAUUUAUGUGUGGUGAUAGAGUAUACAUUGGACCCCCUAUCUAAUAGUCUGGAUAAAUGAUCAGAAAGAUGAUUUAACAAAAGAAGUGCAUGUAAUCUAUAUAAUCUGUAGGAAUAUAUUUAUUUACAUAUUGUAAAUAACUAAAAGUGAAAUCAAGGUCUGGAUUCAUGCAUCAGGCUUGUCUGGAAGUUAAUGGACGCUCCUAGAACAAUAUACAACCUUCCAGCUCCACUGUUAUCACUGGCUAUAAAAGGUCGUGCACAGGAAUGAACAAUACAUUAUUAGCAUUCAUUUGAAUGUUUAAAAUCAGAGAACUGUCUGCAAAUUUCACACAAGAAAAAUUAUCCAUCAUGUAUUCAUGCAAAACUAGUGCUUGUGCUUUUGAAGUUCUUGUGUUAAAUCAUCUUUUAGUCACAGUAUAUCAGCAGUAGGAGUAUAUUUGGAGGCCACCAUAAAUCGAAGUAAAUGCAACAAUUGUAUAGAAAUAUAAUUUUAUUUAGUUGUUUUAAUUAACCUCUCAAUCAUAGAUAUAUUUAUUGUUGAAAGUGUUCUCCCUGUUUGUCCAGACAUUUGAGAGGGUUGAAAUUCAAAUUUCCGCAUGGGAUUAUCACCCAUUCUUCAACCAAGAUCAAGUACAGGGAUAAAAUUGUGACAGAUGAGGUGGGGAAAGGGUACACUCUUUGCCUGCUUAUUAUUUUAGUCUUACUCUGUGCUUGUUUUACAUUACAGAUUAAUGACAUAUUACAAACACACAGCAUUACGGCAGAUUGUUAAAGUGCGGGUUUAAGGCAUUGUUCAGUUCUGUUUUUUACUCUAAUGGUUUGGCUGCGUAGACUGGCAUAGCUAGUGAGAAACCUUUCUCUCUCUUGGGUCUUUGGAGUGUCCCAGGCCAUGGAAGGCCUUCUCAGAAGCGGAGGAGCUGGGAGCUCCGCCAAAUGCUGCCCGCGCAUCUCAGCUCUAAAAUGAAUAUUAAUAAUUCACUUGGUCGUCGGGUCAUGUGAGUUACGUAAUGACAAGGGCACAGCGAGGGAGAAACGUGAAGGUUUGUGAUCUGUAGGGUACGAGGAAAAAAAAUCAAUGCUGGAAGGCUAUGAAAAAAAACCUUUGCGUUUCUAAAUAAAAGCCAUUGUUUCCAUUGUCUGUAAAUUGAGUUCUUCAGUAUGAAAUUGCCUUGGUCAUUAAAUUCACACCAUGUACGGAGAACUUGUUAAUAUCUGACAGAAGAGUACCCAUUCUCUCAAGAGGAAUGAAGCCUGUUUACUAAAACUUUAAUUACUCUGUCUCCUCAUUAUUAAAAAAAAAAAAACUAUAGACCAAUAGGCAGUACAAUCUCCAUGUUUACAUCUUGCCACUUCCAUCAAGUUAUUCAGACACCGAAUAUUGGGGGCAGCCAUGUUUGUAUUAUUACUGUGGGAGAAAGAUUACAAAUUAAAAACUUCACAAUCCA